CGUGGAGUAGAGGGAAGGUGAAGUUCAAGCCAGACAGGACAGCCGUCGCUCGAUCGACAUUCUGGGCUCCGGGCUGCCGUGUACAUCUAACUCCAUUAUGAACUCAACCGAGUGCUGUUCGGCGGCUGUAAGUCUGACAGGGCGGCGGGCCCUGUGACCGCAUCGCGGGGCGAUGGCGCGCUAGGCCUGACCAGGAAGUCUCGCGAGAUUAGAAAUCGGCGCGCAGGAGCUGCGGCGGGCAGAAGCCAUAGCGUUAGCGUGGAGAGAGGACGGGAGAGGGACGGGAGGCCCGCAGCACCGGCAGAGCGGGCUUUGGGGGACAGGUCGCCCACCGGACGGACAGACGGACGGACGGACGCGCCGUUCUCCUCACAGAGGACUUCUGAGGUGAAACCGUAGCUCAGCAGAGGCAAGCCCCAGAGUUCUCCGUACUCUUCAGGGAUGAGUCAUGUGGCAGAGGAAGAUGAGCUCGGGCUGGACCAGCAGUUGGCUGGCCUAGACCUGACGUCUCCAGACAGCCAGGGCGGGGGCGGCACGGCCAGCAAAGGGCGCUACAUCCCCCCUCACCUGCGGAACCGGGAGGCCGCCAAGGCGUCCUACGACAAAGACGGCUCCCGGUGGAGUAAAGACAAGGAUGCCUACAGCAGCUUCGGCUCCCGCAGCGACACGAGAGCCAAGUCCAGUUUCUUCAGUGACCGCGGCGGAAGCGGCUCCAGGGGAAGGUUUGAUGACCGCGGGCGGAGUGACUAUGAGGGCAUUGGCAGCCGUGGAGGGAGAAGUGGCUUUGGCAAAUUUGAGCGGGGCGGGAACAGUCGCUGGUGUGACAAAGCGGACGAGGAUGACUGGUCGAAACCGCUCCCACCAAGCGAACGCUUGGAACAGGAACUCUUUUCCGGGGGCAAUACUGGGAUUAACUUUGAGAAAUAUGAUGACAUCCCGGUUGAGGCGACAGGGAAUAACUGCCCUCCACAUAUUGAAAGUUUCAGCGAUGUCGAGAUGGGAGAGAUUAUUAUGGGAAACAUCGAGCUCACUCGUUACACACGCCCAACUCCUGUGCAAAAGCAUGCAAUUCCUAUUAUCAAGGAGAAAAGAGACUUGAUGGCUUGUGCCCAAACAGGGUCUGGAAAAACGGCAGCUUUUCUACUACCUAUCUUGAGUCAGAUCUAUACGGAUGGUCCCGGCGAGGCUUUGAGGGCCAUGAAGGAGAAUGGAAAGUAUGGGCGUCGCAAACAGUAUCCAAUCUCCUUGGUCUUGGCUCCGACCAGAGAAUUGGCAGUGCAGAUCUAUGAGGAGGCCAGGAAAUUCUCAUACCGUUCUCGAGUUCGUCCUUGUGUGGUUUAUGGUGGAGCUGAUAUUGGGCAGCAGAUUCGAGACUUGGAACGUGGCUGUCACUUGUUAGUAGCCACUCCAGGACGGCUAGUAGAUAUGAUGGAGAGAGGAAAGAUCGGACUGGACUUCUGCAAAUACUUGGUGUUAGAUGAAGCGGAUCGGAUGUUGGACAUGGGCUUUGAGCCUCAGAUACGAAGAAUAGUUGAGCAAGACACCAUGCCUCCAAAAGGUGUCCGCCACACUAUGAUGUUUAGUGCUACCUUUCCUAAGGAAAUACAGAUGCUGGCUCGGGAUUUCUUGGAUGAAUAUAUCUUUCUGGCCGUAGGAAGAGUUGGGUCUACUUCUGAGAACAUCACACAGAAAGUUGUGUGGGUGGAAGAAGCAGACAAGCGGUCAUUUCUGCUUGACCUCCUGAAUGCAACCGGCAAGGAUUCCCUGAUAUUGGUGUUUGUGGAGACCAAAAAGGGUGCAGAUUCUCUGGAGGAUUUCUUAUACCACGAAGGAUAUGCUUGUACCAGUAUCCAUGGAGAUCGAUCUCAGCGAGAUAGGGAAGAGGCCCUUCACCAAUUCCGAUCAGGAAAAAGUCCAAUUCUCGUGGCUACAGCAGUAGCAGCAAGAGGACUGGAUAUUUCCAAUGUGAAACAUGUCAUCAAUUUCGACUUGCCCAGUGACAUCGAAGAAUAUGUGCAUCGCAUUGGCCGUACAGGUCGUGUUGGAAACCUUGGCCUUGCCACCUCAUUCUUCAACGAGAGGAACAUAAAUAUUACUAAAGAUUUAUUGGAUCUUCUUGUUGAAGCGAAACAAGAAGUGCCAUCUUGGCUAGAAAACAUGGCUUUUGAACACCAUUACAAGGGUGGCAGUCGUGGACGGUCCAAGAGCAGAUUUAGUGGAGGAUUUGGUGCUAGAGACUAUCGACAAAGUAGCGGUGCCAGCAGUUCCAGCUUCAGCAGUGGCCGUGCUAGCAACAGUCGCAGCGGUGGAGGCAGCCAUGGCAGCAGCAGAGGGUUUGGUGGAGGUAGCUAUGGAGGCUUUUACAACAGUGAUGGAUAUGGAGGAAAUUAUAGCUCCCAGGGGGUUGACUGGUGGGGUAACUGAGCCUGCUUUGCCAUAGGUCACUCUACCAAACAAAUACAGAAACCACUACACAUAACGUAGCCAGACUAUACCUGGUAUAGCUUCAAGAACUCACAGAACAGUGCCUCCUGUGAUUCCCCAUUGAAUACUUUUUAAGGGAGCUUAAAGUGACAAGAAGAACAAUCCAGAAGACCCAUUCAGAAGGUGGUUUAAAGACUCGAUUGUUGUAGUUUGGAUUAACUCUCCUCUUACCCCCCAUCCUACUCUGCAUUUAUAACUUCAUGACUAAGGAUCAUUUGUUUGUUAAUGUGCUGUACCUUUACUUUAGACAACUUUUAUUCUGAUGUCCCGUUGGCUCAGUAAUGCUUAAGAUACCAAAUUGUUUUAGCAAAAUAAAUUUUCUGAACUUGGGCUAAGAAAACAAAAGAAAGGGACAGGUAUUUGUUAUGGGAAUGGGACUGUCCUUAAGUACACCAUAGGUACUCUAAGUACUCUAAGUAAGGCAGGGGUGAAGCCCAGGAUAAAGGAUGGCAUUUUGGAAAUGUAUAAAUAACAGCCCAGGGGUUCAAGAGUGGUUAUGGUUGAAAUAUCUGUUUAAGUAUACAGUUCUAGUUGCUAAACUUAGCACGGCCAGGAAAUGCAACGGCAUUUUUAUUUUCCUGUGUACUUUGAAUAAUCCUUUGUUAGUAGUCAUCCUCAAUGAAAUGUAGUGGCAGCCUUGGGAGUCUCUAGUCAGUAUUCAUGCUCAGUACCGUGGUGUAGAGGAUCUGAACGGCUCUAAAUAAAUGGUAUCAG